CAGGAGAUGAAGGCGCAGUCAAAUUUCUCUGCCCAAAGACGUAUGUCUUCAUCCCUCUUCUUCCAUUGUCAACCCACAUCCGGGCUCCAAGUAAUCCACUAAUCCCCUUACUCGUCUCAUGUUUUUCCCAGCAUGUCGAUCUUUCUUCAAUCCAAACAUGGAGCAAAUUCAGCUCUCCUCGGGGCAAUCUUAUAUUUUCUUCUUAGCUUAUCAUCGCUUUCCCUUUCAGCAGAGUCCCGUUGCAGUGAUGGCUGCGACUUAGCUCUAGCCUCGUACUACGUUCCUCGGGGUUCGACUCUCACCUCCAUUUCCGACCUUUUCGACUCAGAUGAAUCGGAUAUCAUGGCCUACAGCCCAAGAGCAAAUAUCCCCAACAAGGACAACGUUCUUGCAGAGACUAGGAUCAACGUCCCCUUCCCAUGCGAUUGUCUGGAAAACGGCGAGUUUCUCGGUCGUGUUUUCUCGUACCCCGUAAAAUCCGGAGACACGUAUACCAUCGUUGCGAAGACGUACUACUCCAAUUUGACCACUGUUGACUGGUUGAGGAGGUUUAACAAUUACUCGGAUACUCAAAUUCCGGAUACAGCGACGUUGAACGUGACGGUGAAUUGCUCUUGUGGGAAUAGGGAUGUGUCCGAGGAUUACUCCUUGUUUAUUACCUAUCCCCUGAGGCCUGGGGAGAGCUUGGCGUCGGUGGCAAAUGCGGCUAACGUCAGUCAAGAUUUAGUGGCAAGGUACAAUCAGGGAGUGGAUUUCAGUGCGGGGAGUGGGCUAGUUUAUAUUCCUGGAAGAGAUAAAAAUGGAGUUUUUCCUUCUAUGCCGAAAAGCAAAGGUGGCUUCUCAUUGUCCUGCUACAUAUUUGGCUUCUUCAUUGUCAAUUCAUGGACUUAAUUCAAAAAAGUUCCAGAAGACUUUUUACUAUGUUUUUUUUACAAGAAUAUUACUAAAAUAAAACUUAAUUACAUAAAUAUGACUAUUCAUUACUACAACGUAGUGUUGUGGUAACUUAAGCUCAAGACUUAAACAUGAACUACUAUGAUUUCAUUACUACUCUAGUAACUAGUCAUAUUUUUGUAAAUCAUCUUUAUUUUGAUCAUAUUUAUGUAAUUAUUUCUUUUACUAUAGCUUAACUUACACAGUUCCUAUAUGUAAUCAGGACUACCGGCUGCAGCUAAAGCUGGAAUAUCCAUAGCAGCAUUGGCAGCAGUUUUUUUAUUGGCAGGUUACGCUUAUGUAGUGUUUUUGAGAAAGAAAGGAGAGAAAAUUUCAUUGCUGUCAAUGUCUGAAAGCCAAUCACAUUUAACAGGGUUUAAAGAUGGAGAUCCCGCUCGUGCUACUGAUGGAGCUUCUCCAGUCCUUUCAGGCAUAACUGUUGAGAAAUCUGUUGAGUUCUCAUAUGAAGAGCUUUCUAAUGCAACUAAUGACUUCAGUCUUGCAAAUAAGAUUGGCGAAGGUGGCUUUGGUGCUGUCUACUAUGCUGAGCUUAGAGGCGAGAAAACAGCUAUUAAGAAAAUGGAUAUGCGAGCAUCAAAAGAAUUUCUUGCUGAACUGAAGGUUUUGACACAUGUCCAUCACCUGAAUCUGGUGCGCUUAAUAGGGUACUGUGUGGAAGGUUCACUCUUCCUUGUAUAUGAGUAUAUUGACAACGGCAACUUAAGUGAACAUCUGCGCCGUACAGGUAGGGACCCACUACCGUGGUCAACUAGGGUGCAAAUUGCGCUGGAUUCAGCCAGGGGUCUUGAAUAUAUACAUGAGCAUACAGUUCCCGUAUACAUCCAUCGUGAUGUUAAAUCAGCAAAUAUCUUAAUAGACACAAACUUUCAUGCAAAGGUUGCUGAUUUUGGUUUAACAAAACUGACUGAAGUUGGAGGUUCAUCUUUGUCAACACGUCUAGUCGGUACAUUUGGAUACAUGCCCCCUGAAGCUCAGUAUGGAAAUGUCACCCCUAAAGUUGAUGUCUAUGCAUUUGGAGUUGUUCUUUUUGAGUUAAUUUCUGCCAAGGAUGCUAUAGUUAAGGCCCAAGGUUCUGUAGGCGACUCAAAGGGUUUAGUUUCUUUGUUUGAUGAAGUUCUUAGUCGACCAGAGCCAGAUGAAGCCCUCAGCAAACUGGUUGACCCUAGACUUGGGGAGACCUACCCUAUGGAAUCUGCCCGCAAGUUGGCACAGCUUGCCAAAGCUUGCACUCAAGAAGAUCCUCAAAUGAGGCCUAGUAUGAGAUCGGUUGUUGUUGCUCUAAUGACACUCUCGUCCACCACGGAUGAAUGGGAUGUCGGCACCUUUUAUGGUAACCAAGGAAUGAUAAACCUUAUGUCUGGAAGGUAGUGAUAUGGUUAUGUCAGCAUUUCGGUCUGUUUAGAUACGAAGUAUUUCUUACACUUGUAUCAUUGCAUUAUUUAUUUAUUACCCCAUUCUUAUUUGUACAUAAUACUCUAAUAGUUUUCUGGGUUAAAUAACUGUAAGAGUGUGAACAAUGCCAUUUGUGGCGUAAUAUUUGCUCAUUUUUUAAAGCAGAAGUCAUUUUCUUCCAUGCAA